AAGUUGGCUGCAAACAUCAAAUGGCGUCGUGAAAAAUAGGGUUAUGUAGUGUUGUUGUGAUGUGAAAGUGCUCCUCAAUAAAAAGCAUUAUUUUACAGUAUUUCCCAUGAAAAAUCCAUUGAAAACAAAGUGAAAAUCGCAAAACUAGAUCUUCAUAGUUUAUAUUUUUUACUAACCAAAGUGGAAAUCAUAGUACUUUUCGUGUAAAAUUGUUAUUUUGACAAUGGACAUCAUCGAUCCACUUCGACCCAAAACAGUGCCCCUUUCUGCAGAAACCAUCCUUUGGUUUGAAUUUCUCCUAGAUCCUGAACUUCUAACAUCCCAUCUGAAGAAAACCACCCCAAGUACAUCAUCAUUGAACACAUCUCUGCAGGCAGAAGCUCUAAAACCGGGUCUACUUCCAGAUCCCCAGCCACUGGAGUUAAUUGAAAAGUUCCUGACAAUCUUUCCGGAUGUCCCUACUGAGGCAUGUUCCACGACUCCCCCGGAUGGCGACAAAGAGUCCACAAAGUCUAUUGAGGAGAUUCUGGGUAGGAAGCAAGUGGCUCUGAAAAUUCUUACCCUGAAAGUGGCCUCAUUCCUCAAAUGGAAUCUCGAUGUGAUUGAGAAUCUCAAUCUCCAGAAGCAGAUUCAGCUACUGGAUGAUUUGUGCACAAUCACAUCGGGGACACUGGUGAGUCUGCCUCUGACGAAUGAUGAGGUUAAGAUUGGACCACAAGGCAGUCGGGGGGCCUUUGAAUUUGCCCUUCUGAUUUAUCAUCGUUGGACUCUGAGAGUGUACAAGAUCUUCAAGGAGGCUCUCUUAAAAAACAAGGCAACUUUUGGCCUCAAUCCUCCAGCCACAUCCACAGAUCCUAUCUCCCUCAGGGACGAAAUGUUUGCUACAGCAAUGGACCCAAUCCCUCAGGACAGCAUCAACUAUCUGCUGAAUAUCUGCCAGAAUCCUGAGGCCAUUGCUGUCCUUACUUACGAUUCCCUGAUCCCUCUCAAUUCCACUUCUGAGUACACCAGCCAAAAUUUUCGCUUCAUAAAAUUCAUCUCCAAGUGUGAGAUUAAGACCCAAAUUCACUUUGAUCUCUGCAAAUUCUUCCUCUAUAUCAAUUCCAAUGCCCUGGCCAGGCAGCAUGCCAUUGAAUGCCGGGAUAAUUUGCGCAUCUUGAAGACAGAGUAUGAGUCUCGGGGAGAGAAACCCGAAGAUUUUUUGCUGUGCAAUGUCCCGGAGAGUGAGCUGGAGGGAUGUUUAUUGGCAUGUGGAGUGAGUGAUGUGAAACAUGGGCUUCUGCAAAGGAUGAAUGAGGAGAUUGUCCAUCAGAGGUACAUGAGUAUCUUGGAGAUUCUCGAAAGGGAUAAUCUAGAGAUGGAAAUUCCAUUUGUUCAUCGAAAAAUUCUAGAAUUGGAUAUUGAAGAGGCCCUAAAAGUGGGUCAGGUGAAUGUGACGAAGGAUAUUGAGGCUAGUAUUUUGGCAUUGAAUACAAUUAGAUGCCUCGUGGAUGAGGAGAAUUGCUACCAAACGACGGAUUUUAUGCAAAAGUACAAUUAUUCUGUGGAAAACUUGAAAGUUUUCCUGGAGUGUACGGCGAAAAUUUUGGGUAGUGGAUGUUCUCAGAGGAGCAGAGAGAGAAUAGGGCAGUACUACAGGAGUCUCCUCAUGAAGAUGGAUAUUGUGAGUGAAGUGAGGGCAUUGAAUCUUCUCCCGGAAGAUGAAUUGACUUCCAUUGAGAAAAUGAAGAUGAGUAGUCAGUAUCCCUUCCCGCAGAUCAGUAUUCAAACUGAUUGGAAGAUGUGUGACCUCAAUCAUCAUCGCUUGGAAGUUGGGAACCUGAAGAGACAAUUGAUCAAUAGCAAUGCGUCUGAUGUGAAGAAACUCUGCAAGAAACUUGCUCCAAUUAAGGAUUACGAUGAUCGACGACGUCCAAGAGAACCCAGAGAAUUGUGGGAGGUCAAUCCGAGCUGGUCUAUCCCAAUUCCCCUGCAAUCUGUCCUGAAAUCCCUCCAGAGAGGUUUCCUGAAGGAUUUUGCCUAUAUAACUCUGGGAAAGGCUAAAGAACUGACCAACAGAAAAGACUACGGAUCAGCUAUUGCUCUCCUCAAUACACUCAAGACAGAAACCCAACGUUCUGAUUUAGCAAAUACGUCAACCGUGGCAAAAAUGGGCAAAUUAAUUUCCUGGGAGAUUCUCCUGGUGCAAAUAUGCCAGUGUCUCAAUGACUGGCCACGGAAGCAUCCGGAAUCUGCAGCAAUUGGCCUCAAAUGCAAACAGUGCAUCCUCUCACUGCAAAAUGGUGAUACAGCAAUUCCUCGGACAGAAAUACUCGAGUACAGCAUCGCCAUGCUGCUCAAUCUGUCAGAUUGGGCCAGUCUCAUACUCCCAGAGAAGCGAUCUCCCACCCUGGAGCUGAGUUCUGCCCUCGCUGGAGCUGCCAUGGACAUUGAAAAGGGGAAACCCAGUAGGAUCUGCCGGGAGGCCUGGGAGAUUGUGCUACCGAUGUUCUCAGCUACGCCAGGGAACAAGAGGAACAUGUCCAGAGACUCACCAACACUCGCAGUGAAUAAUUUCUCGAGUUUCUUCAAUAAACUCCGGGAACCGUUUAUUGUAUCGAUAAUUAUGUCGCUCCUGGCCAGGAUUCUCAACAUCAUCAAGGAUGACACGAAUGUCGAGAUUUCCUGUGACUACAUGUUCCUCUGGCCAACAUCCAUUGCCAAUACCGGUGCCUACAACAUGAGAACAAUUUCUGAGACAUUAUCCCAUCUUCUGGACCAGAACUUGAAGUUCUAUCCACAGAAUAUCUCCUGGAUCAAAUUGAAGGCCGAUCUGGACUAUCUCAAUGGGAAUAACGAAGCUGCUAUGAAGGGAUAUGUCAAUGCACUGAUUUCAGGCACAGAGUACUGCACUUUGCACCUCCAGAAGCCACUAAUUGACGACGCUAUGGUGAGGAGGAUGAUCAAGUGCAGCACAAAUUUGGGUUGUCACAUGCAAGCCACAGUUCUAUGUCAAUUCCUCGAUGAAAUUGACUACAGCUUGGCGUUCAAGUGCAUCUCUGAGAAAAGUGCUACAUUCACUGACGCCAUUGACACUUACUACUCGUGCAUCUGGGAUGUGACCAUCUUGGAAUUCAUCAUAAAUCUCCAUGCGAAAAAGAACGAGCACACGAGGAAGUUGCAAGUGAUCUCCUACAUGAGUCAACUGGAACUGAAUGCCAACAAUAAUGAAGAGAUCAAGAGAGAAGCAGCAAAUAAUCGCAAGAUGAAGUUCUUGCGAGCACUCGCCAAACAAUAUAUGCUGCAGGAAAUGUAAAUUGUAAGCUUGAAAUUUUAUAAUUAAAAAAAUGUAGCAUCA